AUGAGCCAGCCGAUCGACGUCAGGCACCAGGUGGCCCGAGCGCCAGCGGGGAGAGCUCCGAACCGCAUCGCCUCCCUCGCCGCAUAUCUCAGUCAAUGGCAAGCCGAGAUGGCCUUGACAUCAUGGAAAGCGUUCAACUUCAUCGACGUGUCGCCGGUGAAGCUUGAGGACAGCUCGGUCUUCAAUAGUGACCUAUCGAGUAUAUGCACCGGCUCCGCGAAUGUAUUUGUCGGAACCACCGAUGGCUUUGUCCACAUCGUCUCCUCGGCCUUCCGCGUCGUGCGAUCGUUCAAAGCCUACGACGACGGCUCCAUAACGCACAUGCGUCAAAUAAGCGACACCGCUUUGCUGGUUACGGUUGCAGAAGAUCUUUCCAGUGAACCGGUGCUGAAAGUCUGGGCGCUGGAUACAGAGAAGAAAGAUGGAGGUCCGCGAUGUUUAUCGACUGUCUCAGUGCAAAACGCCAGGAGACAGUUCCCGAUCUCUGCAUUCGCUGCGACCGAAGAUCUCUCCCAAGUAGCAAUCGGGUUCGCGAACGGAUCUGUGACGAUCAUCCGAGGCGAUCUGAUUCAUGACCGCGGCGCCAGACAACGUAUCGUAUUCGAAUCGGAAGAACCCAUCACCGGACUCGAGGUGCAGAACGGCGCCAUCACAACGCUGUACAUUUCCACCACGAGUCGCAUUCUUACACUGGUGAUCGCCGGGCGAGGACAGGGCCAGCCGGCUCGUGUCCUGGAGGACACGGGCUGUGGAUUGGGCUGUAUGACCCUUGAUAAGGAAGGUGGUGAUAUCCUGAUUGCCCGCGAGGACGCCGUCUAUACCUACGGUCCGCGCGGUCGUGGCGCAAGCUAUGCGUUUGAAAGUCCGAAGACAUCGAUUGAUGCCUUCCGUGACUAUGUCGCUCUUGUCUGUCCGCCUAAGGCUGGUAGUGGAAAAUCAGAUCCGCUGAGGAAGUACACUGCCAAUCCGGGCGAGGAAAUAUUUGGCACAACAACGUUCACGCUACUUGAUACUGAUCUGAAGUUCAUCGCGCACAGUGAAGCAUUGGUCUCACCCAUGAAGCAGAUCUUCAUGGAAUGGGGACAGCUGUUUCUUUUGACUACAGAUGGAAAGAUUUUCCGUUAUCGUGAAAAGACGCUGCAGCAGAAACUCGAGAUCUUAUAUGAACGCAACCUCUACAUCCUGGCGAUCAACCUCGCUCAGAAGAUUGGAAUUGACCCGCUCCAGCAGAAUGCCAUAUACCGCAAGUAUGGCGAUUUCCUGUACCAACGUGGGGACUACGACACAGCCAUGCAACAGUACCUCCGUGCUAUCGACAAUACGGAGCCUUCGCAGGUUAUUAGAAAGUACUUGGAUACUCAGCGUAUCCACAACCUGAUCGAGUAUCUCGAAGAACUGCAUGAUCAUGGUCGGGCAACAGUUGACCAUACAACCCUACUUCUUAAUUGCUAUGCAAAGCUCAAAGAUACAAGCAAGCUUGAUUCUUUCAUCAAGGCUCCCGGCGAGCUGAAGUUCGAUCUUGAGACGGCCAUUGCGAUGUGUCGACAAGGAGGUUAUUCUGAACAAGCCGCCUACCUUGCAACGAAACACGGAGAAAAUGACAUGGUCGUCGAUAUCUUGAUUGAAGACUCAAAGAAAUAUGCUGAAGCCGUGGAGUACAUCUGGCGCUUAGACGCCGAAGUGGCCUACGCAAACUUGAUGAAGUACGCAAGGGUGCUGCUCACUCACUGCCCUGAUCGAACAUCGGAUCUGUUCAAGGUCUACUAUUCAGGUCAAUACCGGCCACGGACCGAGCCAGAAGAGCCCCAACAGCCCCAGCAGCAAGCCACCAGUACGGUCCAAAGUCUAGCUGCCCUCUUGCCUCUACGAUAUAUGCAAGUUGGAAAUGGCAGGCAGACAGAAACACUAGUGCCUGAAACAGAACCAACCGAUGAUAAGCCUGACGAGACACCGCAGUAUGAUAUUCCCAAACCCCGGUCCGCGUUCUCUGCGUUCGUGGACCAUCCAAAGGAAUUUAUCGAUUUCUUGGAGACUUUGGCACAAAAGCCCGACCUGAAGAAAGAUGCCAAGAUAGACAUCUUCACGACUUUGUUUGAGAUGUACUUGGACACGGCAAAGAGGCAGAAAGACGCCACCGAAAAACAGGAAUGGGAAAAUAAGGCCAAAAAUUUGAUUGAAGUGCAAGAUAUUCCCAUAUCCACGUCCAACGUCCUCCUCCUGUCUGAUCUAUCAAACUUCCGCGAAGGUUCAACCCUUGUCCGAGAGCAAGAGGGCCUUCGUCUUGACAUCUUCCGCUCAUUCACUUCCGCAAAAGAUACACAAGGUGCCAUUAAGGCGCUGAGACGAUACGGGCCCGACGAGCCCCAGCUCUAUGUCGAUGCAUUAACAUACUUCGCCUCGAGUCCUCAAAUCCUCGAUGAAGCUGGUGACGAGCUUGACGCUGUUCUGCAGCGAAUCAAUCAGGACGGUCUUCUCUCUCCACUCCAGGUCAUUCAAGCCCUGAGCAACAACGCAGUCGUAACGAUGGGUCGUGUCAAGAAGUAUCUCAGUGAUAAUAUCGACCGGGAGCGCAAAGAAAUUACUACGAACCGUCGCUUGAUCACAAGCUACAAAUCCGAAACCACAGCGAAGCAGCAAGAACUCGACCAUCUAACUAGCCAGCCCGUCGUCUUCCAAUCCCGCCGCUGCCAAUCCUGCGGUGGAAGCUUGGACCUUCCCACAGUGCACUUCCUCUGCAAACACUCCUUCCACGAGCGUUGUCUGAAUCAGGUAGAUGAGGAUGCCCAAUGUCCCGUCUGCGCACCGAGCAAUGCAACAAUGCGCGCUAUCAGACAGCGCCAGGUCGACUCGGCUGAUCAGCAUGACUUGUUCAAGGGCGAGUUGACGCGCUCAAAGGAUCGAUUCGGUGUCGUGAGCGAGUUCUUCGGAAGAGGAAUCAUGAGGCCACAGGGUACGAUGGAGUAA